AGUAGCAAUAGCAGCAGUAGCAGAAGUUGCAGUAGCAGUAGCAGUAAAAGAAGUAGUAGUAGUAUCAGCAGCAGUAGUAGCAAUAGCAGCAGUAGCAAUAGCAGCAGUAGCAAUAGCAGCAGGAGCAGUAGUAGUAGCAGCAGUAGUAGCAGUAGUAGUAGUAGUAGCAGAAGUAGUAGUAGAAGUAUUAGUAGUAGCAAUAGUAGCAGUAGUAGUAGUCGCAGUAGUAGUAGCAGUAGUUGUAGUAAUAUUAGUAGCAGUGGUAGUAGAAGUAGUAGUAGUAGUAGCAGUUGCAGUAGUAGUAGUAGUGGUAGCAGUAGCAGCAACAACAGUACCAGUAGCAGUAAUAGGAGUAGCAGCAGUACCAACAGCAGCAGCAGUAGCACUAGCACUAGCACUAGCAGCAGUAGCUGCAGCAGUAGCAGUAGUAGUAUCAGUAGGAAUAAUAGCAGCAGCAGCAGUAGCAGUAGUAGUAGUAGUAGUAUUAGUAGUAGUAGUAGCAGUGGUAGCAGUAUCAGUAGGAGCAAUUGCAGCAGUAGCAGUAGUACCAGCAGUGGUAGUAGUAGUACUAGCAGUAGUAGUAGC